CGAGGAUCUGUUCGCAGCAAAGUCCUGUAGGCGCUAACAAGAUGGAAUCUCUUGUAGGCUAAAUAUAUUUUCAAUUUGGCUUUUCCUGGUGGACAGUUAGCCCCUUGCUACCCAUCGCUGUUACCUAGGCAAAGGACAGACCCUAUUCUAUAUUUUACUAUUAUACCCCACUACGCAAAUGCAGCUAAGUCGCUUGGCUCCUCGGGGGCUGGCGGCCCUGCACCACAAUUCGCGUUUUCUGCUGCUUGCUCCUAGACUGCUAGGGGUGUCGCCAAGGAUUAUCAGGGUUUCUGCCGAUGCUCCAAGUAGAGACGCAGCUACGAGUCAGGAAGGAGAUGCCAGACCAGCGUCGCGACGAACGCUGUUCCGGGGCAACGACAGCGAUGCUGCGCCGGCAGAGGCAAACGACGCCACCCCUGCUCGUCGUCGCGAGUUGAUAGGCAUCCACAAGGAAUCCUUGCGGGAGGCGGGCGUAAAAGUGGACCCGAUUUCCAUCCAGCAGAACCGCCUGUACUCUCUGAAGCAAGCUAUGCGGCGCGAUACACGCGGUGCUGCCCGUGCAGCCGUCACCCGAGAAUUCAAAACUGCAGAGCGCCGUCUGUUCAGCCAGCAGCGCCGCGCACGAGACGGUGAUGAUGGAAGCCAAGGCAAUGACAACAUCGCCGAUGGAAGGCGGUCGUACGGCACACGGUCGUACGAUGGCCCCCGUGACAGCUACCGGGAGGACAGCUACCGCAACCGAGAACGGCGCUCUGAUGAUCCCGAGGACCACGGCGGAAGGGGACGCGGCAGGUUCGAAGAGGAGGACCGCGGAGCAAGGGGACGCGGCAGGUUCGAAGAGGAGGACCGCGGAGGAAGGGGACGCGGCAGAUUUGGUGAUGAGGAGCGUGGCGACCGUGGCAUGACGCGUCGAGGAGGUUUCGAGGAGGAACGCGGGAGGGUGCGCGAUCGGUUCGACGAGGACCGGGGCGCACGACGUGUCAGGUUCGAUAACGAUAACGAUAACGACGAGGGGCAGGAGGAGCGCAGGGGCAGGAGUCGCGACAGGUUCGGCGGUGACAAUGAGUGGAGGGGCCGCGACUGGGGCCGUGAUGAGGACCGGGGCAGCCGCGGGCCCCGUGGCGUCAGCGGCUUCGAUGAGGAUCGGGAGUCGAGAUACGGCAGGCGGUUCGAGCGAGACGACCGUCGGCCCGGACCCCGGCUGCUGAGGGACAGGGAGAGCGAGGGUGGCAGCAGGGAGAGGGGCAGCAAGGAGCGGAAGGAGAAGCCGCCCAAGCUACCACUGGCGGAGCAGAAGCGGCUUACGCAGGCGCAGCAGAGGGCGAAGCGGGAGGCGCUAGCGCGCAUGACGCCGGAGGAAAGAGCGGCAUUGGAGGAAAAGAACAAGCGUCGCGCAGCCGUGGCCGCGGCCACGGCGGUGGCGGCAGUGGAGGCCCGCCGCCGUGCUUUCGAGGCCAAGAAGAGCGGCGCGGGGGCCCCGGUGGGCGAUGUGGAGUCGGAUGACGAGGAUGAGAUGGAAGAGGGCGAGGUGGGGGAGCUGUUUGACCUGCAGAGCCAGAUUGACGCGGUGGGAGAGGAGAUUAAUGAGGCAUCCGGCAAGGUUCGCCCGGUCACCGACCUCAUGCCCAAGGAGAAGCGCGGCCCCCUGCUCUCACACAACCUGCCCUCGGAGCUGAACAAGCGGCUGCUGGAGACGGUGCUGCUGGGAGCCAAGCACGCCAAGAUGCCCGAGAUUCCCAUGGGCCAUUCGGGCAUCACCAAGGGAAUCCUCGCGGCAGUCCACCUGGGCUGGCGCGGGAACGAGCUGGUCAAGCUGCGCAUCCGCGACCGCCGCAAGACCGCCAAGAAGUACCUGCCGUUCAUCAAAGAGGUUUGCGAGGAGCUGGAGAGCCUGCUGGGCGGGGUGGUGGUGUGGCGCUCCGGCCGCUCCAUCUGGAUGUACCGGGGGCAGGACUACAAGCCCAUGAGCCAGGAGGUCGUCCUGGAGCGCUUCCUGGGCAAGAAGGAGCUGCCGCUGGACGGCAUCCCGCUCAUCACCAACGCCAUCUCGCUGGGCGGGCAGCUGGUGGAAAUACCCGGGGCUGGCAGGGGAUACCUGACCCGUGGGCCAGGCGCCCCGCGCUCCACCUCAACGGGGGCCGACUCCGCCGCCGCCUCAUCGGCUGACGCCGCGGCCUCUGCUUCGUCCGCAUCCCAGGGCGCAGCCACGAUGGCCGGCGCCUCAACGUCCGUCCAGGAUGCGCCGGCUGACACCGCUGCCGCCGCCAGCAGCAGCAGCAGCGGCACGGGCCAGAAGAAGAUGGCGGUGCUGUUCCUGCAUGAGGCCUUUGGCAUGGAGACCUCGGACUCCAAGCACACCAAGCGGGCGUGCGACCGCCUGGCCCAGCUGCUCGGCCCCGACGUGCCGGUGCUGAUGCCUGACCUGGUGGACCGCGGCAAGGACGCGUGGCGGGGGCCGGACUGGCCGCCCGCCAAGGCCAUCUACGAGCGGCACCAGGGCUGGCUUCAGAAGUCGGGCCGCGGCAACUGGAUGGCUGUGGCCGGCAUCGUGGACGCGGCGGUGGCCUACCUCCGCGGUCCCGAGGUGGGCGCCACCCACAUUGUGCUCGCGGGCACCGGCUGGGGAGCUUGGCUCGCAACACAUGCACUCAUGGCGGAUACGGCAGCCGCCGCCGCCGCUGCUGCUGCUGCUGCCCCCGCCGCGCCAGCGGAGGCUGACGCCGCCACCGCCUCCGUGACCGCCAUGACUAGUGGCGCCGGCGCUGCCUCGCCGCCUGCCGCCCCCGCGGGUCCACUGGCUGCGGUGAGCGCCAACUGGCCCGCCUACGCGGUGACGGCGCGGGAGGCGGUGGCGGAGAACUCCCCGGCGGUUGCGGAGCGGCUGACCUUCCAGGCGGCGCUGCUGGUGUCCGCCAACCACUUCUUCACGGACGAGGAGAGGCUGGCGCCGGCCAUUUCGGUUCCCAUCGCCAUCAUGAGCUCCAAGUGGGACCCCAUGGAGAAGUUCCAGCUGCUCAUGAACGAGCGACCCCUGGGUCACUCCGCCUUCAAGCGCUUCGGCAAGCUGCUGCCCGGCUUCCUGGGCAAGAAGGCGAAGUGGGAGGAGCAGUCCCAGGCAACACAGGCUACACAGGCGCUGGUGAUCGGCGCCUCCUUCCUGCGCUGGCGCGUCUUCUCGGACGAGGCGGCGGAGGAGGUGGUGCGCCGCUACUGCAUGAUGAGCCGCAGUGGCGUAGGCGAGAAGCAGGUCUACAAUCUCAACUUCCCCUGGCUGCCCCGGCCGACGCUGUUCCGCGGUCGUGAGAAGCAGGAGAAGCGCGCCAAGGAGGCCGAGGAGCGGGCCAAGAAGGAGGCCGAGAAGGCGGCGAGGCUGGCGGCGGGCGAGGAGAUUGAGGAGGAGGAGGAGGAGGAGGAGCGGAGGCCCAAACGGAGGAACAAGCCGCAGACCAGGCCGUCGGAUCGGUGGAUUGGCCGAGGCUCCCAGCGCGGGUGAAGGCGCGGGCGCUGAGGAGUUUUGGGGUUGGGGUUGGGGUUAGGAGGUAGUGGGGGCUGGUAUGAGGCCUCUGGGAUAGGGCUGGGAAGGGCUGUGUGGUGCGGUGGGGCUCUCUGUGCCUCUGGGGCUGCUUGCUUAUCUGAUAUGAGGUUGGGUGCUGUGAAUUUUAGUUUAUUGUUGGAGGUAUGCGCAGGUGCUCGCGCGUUAGUGCACCGCCGGGUUGGCGUACAAACACGUUGGGAGACAGGCAGCGCAUUCACAGCGUCCCCUCGCUUCAUAGGGACUGAGCCCAUCCCGUUAUCGGAAGUAGCAGCUAGCCAGCUACUCUCGAGGCCUUUCCACGCGCUUUCUCUUAAAUCUUGGUAGCGGGGAAACCAACCAGCGUGUUCAUGCAUGCCGUAUCCUGGUAUGGUAGUUUGGGUAAUCUCGGUGCUUUUGCUUUUUGGUAGUUUGCAAGCCGAUUGACAUGACGGCAAGAGUACAAGAGACGGUGGUGAGGACUGCGUACAGAUGGGGUGCAAGGCGGAUUUCUCUACUGCAGACGCCAUGAAGGGAAGGAUUCGGGGGUGGGUUUACGUCGAUAAUCUACCAUGCGUUGUCAACAAGAGGAUGUCACAGUGUGUGACCCUCCUUUGCGCCUAAUGGAACGCAUUGCGUGCCCUCCAGGUCUUCCUAUAGCUGGUCCGCGGACCCGCCAUUAUCUGUUGCAUAAGGUAAAAGUGCCGUACCUUGGUUAACCUAACG